AUGUUGAUAGUGGGGAUCCUCUGGAUAUUGCUGCUGGGCUCUCCGCAAGUGGAGAGCAAGUUCAAGAGCCUCCAUUGUACUAGCCUUGACAUGGACUAUGGGGAGUUUCUUCUGUGCAAAAUACAGGCCAUCAAUCGGUACAGGAACUCGAUCAGCAUUUCGUAUCUGAACAAGCACACAGUCCCCAGUCACUUGACCGUUCGCUUGGAGUUUUUUAAACGUGCUAAUGGCUGGAGACCUUUUCUCUACAACAUCACGCUGAACGUGUGCGAUUUCUUGGAUAGGAAUAAGACCAAGCCUAAUAACAACAACAGGAUCGUCUUCCGCCUGGCUGCGGCCUACCUCAUACCCUAUAUAACUCGUAGCUACUCCUGUCCUUUCAUGGAAAAUACGGUGCUGAAACUUGUGAAGCUAGAGUUCGAUGUGGAAAAGUUCCGCACUCGUUUCCCCAUCGAGACGGGCGAGUAUGCUCUGCAGUUCAGUUUGUAUCACAAAAAGGUUCUUAAGUAUACAGUCAAUGGAUCGAUGGAGUACUCCAACUACAGAGAGCACUAAAAUCAAUAAAUCGACGCCCGAAAUCAUUCACAGAAAGGGUGCGGGGUAGUCGGAAUUCUAGCACUUAAAUACUAAAAAUAAUGUUUGUCCCUAUAAUAAUCCAAAUCUAUUAUCGAAUCGCUUAAACGCUCAACGGUCAA